AUGGCGAGAGCUUGCAUUAUUAUCCCCAUUCUCAUCCUCCUGUUCUCGAGUUCGUUGCGCCAACAAUCCAGUGACCAACUAACACAAACUAAACCACUCUCGCCCGGUGACGUGCUCAUCUCUAAGGACGGAGCCUUUGCUCUCGGCUUCUUCUCCGCAGGCAAAUCUAACAAGAGCAUAUACAUCGCCAUCUGGUACAACAAGGUGCCGGAACGCACGGUGGUGUGGAUCGCCAACCGUGACAGCCCAGUGAUCGACCCUUCGUCAGCGAAGCUCGCCAUCACUGGCAAACCAGAGCUGGUGCUGUCAGACUCCCAAGGCCGCACCCGUUGGACGACAACAAUAACGACGAACAGCACCACAGCUGGAGGCACAGGAGCUUCCGCAGCGCUACUCAGCUCGGGUAACUUUGUCCUUCGUACGCCAACUGGCAAGACCAUAUGGCAAAGCUUUGAUCACCCGACUGACACCUUGCUCCCAUCCAUGAGGUUAUUGCUCAACCACAAAGCUCAAGUGCCAACUCGCCUCGUUUCUUGGAAGGGCCCUGAUGACCCAUCCACGGGGAAUUUCUCAUAUGGCGUCGAUCCCAACUCGAACCUUCAGUUCUUCACUUGGCACGGGAACUUGCCGUACAGCCGCUCCAGUGUGAUUAACAGUGCCUCUAUGUCCACUGGCAUGUCCCUCGGCAAUGGUUCCUCCGUCAUAUAUCAAGCCAUUGUUGACACAAGGAACGACCUCUACUAUACGUACAAAAUCCCUGAAGGAGCACCCUACAUGCGCCUCUGGCUUGACUACACCGGCAAGAUAAGGACUCAGAGUUGGAACAGCAACGCAUCAUCUUGGAUGGUCGUUUUUGAGCGACCCCAUUCCAGCUGCGAUCUCUAUGCCUCGUGUGGUCCAUUCGGCUACUGCGACAGCGUGGGUGACGUCCCAACGUGCCGGUGCCCUGAAGGAUUUGAUCCCAUCGAUGGUGUCAACUAUUCGAGAGGAUGCCAGAGAAAGGAGACUCUGAGAUGCAGGAAAGAAGACAGCUUCGUGACCUUGCCAGCGAUGAAGGCUCCUGAUAAGUUCUUGUACUUGAGCAACAGAAGCUUUGACCAGUGCGCAGCCGAGUGCAGCAGAAACUGCUCGUGUGUAGCUUACGCUUACACCGGCUUGAGCCUAAGUGACAGUAAUGGCGACACAUCAAGGUGUUUGGUUUGGACUGGGGACCUCAUUGACAUGGAGAAGGCCAGCUUUGCUGAUAACUUCUACCUCCGAGUUGCUGGAUCUCCUGUACAGAAGAAGAGCAAUUUAAACAAGAUUUUACUCCCGAUAAUAGCUUUUGUGCUGCUACUCACAUUCACAGCCCUUGUCUGGACAUGUAAAAGAAGAGGUAGACGACAAAAGAAGAAAGUUCAGAACAGAGUGAUACUAGAAUACUUGAGGUCUCCGGAUGAAACGGGGGACAAGAAUAUAGAGUUCCCAUUUAUUAGCUUUGAAGACAUUGUUGCAGCAACAGACCAUUUCUCAGACUCAAAUAUGCUUGGGAAGGGAGGUUUUGGCAAAGUUUACAAGGGAGUGUUGGCUGGUACCAAGGAAGUAGCAGUCAAGAGACUUAGUAAGAGUUCUGUUCAAGGCAUGGAGGAAUUCAGAAAUGAAGUUGUCUUGAUUGCAAAACUGCAGCACAAGAACCUAGUUAAGCUUAUUGGUUGCUGUAUUCAUGAAGAUGAGAGGUUGUUGGCAUGGAACUUGUGGAAAGAUGGGAAAGUAGACCAUCUGGUGGACUCAUUUGUUGUGGAGAGUAGCUGCCCCCUUGAUGAAGUUUCGCGAUGCGUCCAAAUAGUACUUUUGUGUGUACAAGAUGAUCCAAGCUCCAGGCCCUUCAUGGCAGCGGUUGUGUCCAUGCUGGAAAACAGAACUACGCCACUUCCAACACCAAAGCAACCUUCAUAUUUUGCACAAAGGAGUUACAAGCCCGGAAAGGCUGGAGACCACUGGGAGGUCUCCAUGAAUGAAAUGAGCUUGACAGCACUUGAGGGUCGUUAG